CAGACCGAACUGAUCCCACGUGUGACGGAGCGCUGCAUUCCCGGCUCGCUGACACUGUAGCUCCGCUCCAUCUGCUGACCUACCGUCUGUGUGUAUCCGUUAGUCACUGCCUGUAGCUGGGUCAGAAUAUGGAAGGUGACGGCAGCCAAGCCACGUCUGGAAGCCCGACUGAUCCACAACACGACCCGGGGAAAAUGUUUAUCGGUGGCCUCAGCUGGCAAACUUCACCAGACAGCCUUAGAGAUUAUUUUAGUAAAUUCGGGGAAAUCCGAGAAUGUAUGGUGAUGAGAGACCCAACGACAAAACGUUCCAGGGGCUUUGGCUUCAUCACUUUUGCAGAUGCUGACAGCGUAGAUAAAGUCUUGGCACUGCCGCACCACGAGUUAGACUCUAAAAUGAUUGAUCCUAAAGUUGCCUUUCCUAGACGUGCUCAGCCCAAGAUGGUCACAAGAACAAAGAAAAUAUUUGUUGGAGGAUUAUCAGCCAACACAGUAAUUGAAGAUGUGAAGCAAUAUUUUGAACAGUUUGGCAAGGUAGAGGAUGCCAUGCUUAUGUUUGACAAAACCACCAACCGACAUAGAGGUUUUGGCUUUGUUACAUUUGAAAUUGAGGAUGUGGUGGAGAAAGUCUGCGAGAUCCAUUUUCAUGAAAUCAAUAAUAAAAUGGUAGAAUGCAAAAAGGCCCAGCCAAAGGAAGUGAUGUUUCCCCCAGGGACACGAGGGCGGGCCAGGGGCCUGCCAUACACUGUGGAUGCCUUCAUGCUGGGCAUGGGCAUGCUGAGUUAUCCUAACAUUGUGGCUACAUACGGAAGAGGCUACACUGGUUUUGCUCCAAGCUAUGGCUACCAAUUUCCAGGCUUUCCAGCAACAGCGUACGGACCGGUGGCAGCAGCAGCAGUAGCAGCAGCUCGUGGUUCAGGUAGGGGGACCCCUGGAAGAGGUGGCGGCUACAUGGCAUACGGGCAGAACGCAGGGGCAGGGUUCCCUGAUUAUGGGUUGUAUUCCGCGGCCAGCAGUGACGUGCGGGGAGCAGCGCCCUACUCCCUGGCUGACUAUGGCUCCCUGGGGGCCCAGGCGGCUGCUCAAAUCCUGCCCAGUGAGCAUGCCAGCUCAUCCUGCAACUCUCCCAACUCCCUCCAGCACCACCUGCACAGCCCGGACCCUUUUAAGAGCCCAGGAAGCAACCUAACCCGGCCUGGAGCCUUUCCUGGGGCCAACAGUCCUGGCCCUGUGGCUGACCUUUAUGGAACCACUAGUCAGGACUCUGGUGUGGGCAACUACAUCAGUGCCACCAGCCCUCAGCCAGGCUCUGGCUUCAGCCACAGCAUUGCUGUGAUGCCAUCCAGCACUAACCACUACAGCAUCCACGCAGUGAGCCUGAGCGGAGGAGGCACCAGAUGAAGAACAGUUUGAAAACAAAAGUCAAAACAGUCCAGAAGUGGUAAAAAGCCUGCCCUGCUGUGGAGAGCCCUCUGACUGUGUACGGUGUACUUGUGUUGAGAUUUGCUGGUUUGGAUUUUACUUUUUGUCUUGAUUUAAAUUGCCUUCUUGAAUUGUGACAUGUAUUGUCUUGGACUUCAAAUCAACAAUGACAAAUAUUUUUUAAAUAUUUACUUAUGAUUAUUUUUUGUGUAAGUUUGUUUGUUUGUUUUGAUCCGCAUGUAAAAAGAAAAGCAAUGUACGUGUCACUACACCUUUUUGUGGGUGUCACUGUGGUUACUUGUGUUUUUUUAUCUUUGAGUGAUUACAAGAUUGUCAGUUUGCACAUACAAAGACGUCAAAUGUGAAUCAAGUAUUGGUUCAUGUAUCAAAAUAACACAAGACAAACCAAUAACACCUAGUAGCUUUGGUUCUAGCAAUGCGGUCUUUAAACCUAUUUUUGGCAAUAAGAGGACUACAAUAUUUUCACAGUCCUGUUUUAUAAAUGUUUUGUUGUCUGGAGGAAAAAAAUAUAAAGAGUUGUUCUUUUUAAUUCUGUCUCAGAUUUAAAAAGUAGUGUAUAACUGUAAAUUGUGUUCCAGUCAUUAUAGUGGUUUAGAGAGGGACAGACAUAUUUCUGUGAUGGUUGAUUAGGUGCUGGAUGGGAGGACCAGAGUCCCGUCCAUCGCACAACGUCUGAAGAUAAUCCCAUGACAGAUCAUGCACUGCUGGUUCGCUCUUUGCUUUCCAACUGUGGCUAAUUUGAUACCAGCAUAUUUGUCUACAUGAUGAGCUAUAGUGCGCACAAUUAGAAAAAGACGACACAAGGUUGUUGUAUCUGCACUCUGUGACAUACAGCUGACAGCGUCUUCUCUCAUCCUCUCUGGAGCUCUAUAGCAGCAAAAUCAAUCACAAUUGAUAGUUUUGGGAAUACUAGAUGAAUCCGUUUUGUCCUCAUAUUUCACAAAGAUGAUGUUUGUUUCAUAUACUAGAAUAGUCUUCACAUGUCUGGUGUCACACAAAAGGCAAUAGUUUCAUGUUUUGCAACUUGUGUUUGUUACGAGGAGGAAGAAGUGCAGCAGCAGAGUGUUGCGUAUUACCUCAGUCCUAUGAGUUUUGUAACGAUGACAAAACAAUUUAUUUGAAAAUAUGAAAAGUGAAGUUGUUGCAUUGUUAAUAGAGGUAACACUGAGAGCAGAUUUAAUGUACACAUUAGUGGACUUGUAUUUAUAAUUUAUAAUCUCAAUUUUGUUCAGCCUAACUUCAAAAUGUCUGGACAUAUAUUUACUGAUUUUAAAUGUUACGGUUGCCAGAUAGCUUGCAUACAAUUGGUUGAUCAGACAUUACUGAAGACACACAGAUUUUCAGACACGCAUUACAAAGAAUGUGAAGGACAAUGGGAAUUUUAUCAAUAAUAUAAUUUCUUGUAAAUAGGGAUUUGCUAUAACUAAAGAAUCAAUCUUUUUUUUAAAGUUUGAAAUUGUUUAUGAAUUGAUAAAUGUACGCUGUUUUCUUCCCCUCUGUGCUAAUACAGAUAUUUUACAAAUUACUUUUACAAACCAUGGGAAGCUGAACACUGGACUGUUUCUAUAAUGAGGACUUCAAGUAAUAAUCAAAAAAUCAAAAAACAACAACAAAAAAAUUAAAACAAAUGUGUAUGUCGUUAAUUAAAAGAGAAACAUGUAUGUUCUGUUAUGAUUUACAUUUCUAAGAAGGAUUUGUGUCAAUAUCUUUGUGGCUGUUAUUGAUUAUAUAAAUAAUAUCUAUAUAACUAACAAUAAUAAUAUUAUGUACUGUAUAUCCAUCCAGUUCUCUCUCCAUCCCCUGUCAUCCUCUACAAUAAUCUUCAGUUGAGCAUUAAUGUAUUUCAGUAAUGUAUACUAAAGAAAAUCCAAUGACCUUAUAUAGGAUUGCUGUCUUUGAUACCAGUGUAGUGUCUAUACACACGUGUUAACCUUUAACUCCCUUUGUCUCUCUCACUUUCUCCUAGUAACUAGUAGUAGAUGUUCUGUAGUUGCAAAUAGAUACUAUUAACUUGUACUCAUUAGAUGACGUAGGACCAGUAAGGAUAGAAAUUUCACAUUUUUCCAUCUGGGAAAAUAAGAAGACAUUGGUUUCACUUGUAUUUUUAUUUUUCUGUUGACUUUCUGUUCUGUGCUGCUCUCACGUGGUUUCAGCAAACCAAAAAGGGGGUUUGCCAUGCUACCUUAAAUGAUAUGCGCAACACUUUGAUUUGUUAUAAUUUGAAGUUUAAGAGCAGGAGGAUUAUAUUACACUGAUGAAACAAAAUAAUAUGUAUGGUUACAACAGAUUCAUGAUAAUAACAAUGAUAACAAUAAUGAAUAAUGAAUUAAUCUGAACUUUGUUUUAAUAUUUGUAUGAACACUGUUUCUACAUGCCACUUUUUAGUCUGAACUCAUCAACAACCUAAAUUAUUUUGUAUUUACUCCUGAAUCAUGGAAACAGCUCGUACAUUGAUCAAUGUUAGAUUGCCAGUCACUAAAGCUUCUCAUCCAGGUGCCUGAUGAUAGAAGCGCUUUUCUAAUUUUGACUAAAAUACUAAAUACUAAAAAUGCAACAAUGUCUGUUGUGGAUUGCAGCGAUGUAAAGAUAUCUGUGGUGACCUGAAUACAGAUGGCUCUACCUUAGUUGUUCCAUAAUAUAUCUGUUAAUAUAUGUAUAUUAUGGCCUUGCACUUUUACCAGAAGGCAUAAGAGCAAUGUUGCAAACAGACAGGCAGGCAGUCAAUGGACACAGUGCAGCCAUCACAUUAUGCUCCUAUUCCACUACUUUGCAUUAGCAAAGUAUCAGGGUGGUCAAGAAAAGUAUUUAUACAGCCAAACAAUUGGUUGACCAAUCCAUCCACCCUAACCUCCUCCCUCUGGAGUUUGUUGCUCUAUAAAACAUUUAGUUUGACUUUUUCUUUUGCUCUUAUUAACUAAAUAAGUGAACUAAACUUUCUUGGGAGGACGAUCUGAACGUACUGGUCAAACUGGGCUGCCAGGAUAGAUGUGAGGGACUGGACAGAAGUACAAAACAGGACUUCAUAGUCUUUUUCCUACUACAGCAUCAUUCAGUGCAUUGCAUCUAUGACUAGCGGCUGUGGCACCGGUCGGAGGGUCGGUGGUUCGAUGUCGAAGUGUCCUUGGGCAAGAUACUAAACCCCAAAUAGCUCCAGAUGGCCAACGGUGUGUGAAUGUGUAUUACUACUGACGAGUUGAUGUGCACCUUGUAUGGAGCCUCUGACUCUGUGUGAAUGUGUUGUAAAGCACUUUGAGUGAUCGUAAAGAUUGGAAAAGCUCUAUAUAGAUGCAGUCCUGUUCAUGUAGGGUAUGUUUCAUUGCUUUAUAUGAACAUCACAAUGCUUCGUGUUUUAGUAGUUACCAACUGCUACUGAAUGUGAAGUUGCUAACGCAACAUAGUGUCAUGUGAAUACAAAUCAUUUUACAGGUUUGUACACAAGCAUCUCCAAGAGCCCUAAGUAGCAUUUUAAGGAAUCAUUCUAUAAUGCACACACUUUGGGGCCAACCUCUACCUUUACAUCGAAACACUCAGGGGUGCUAAAAACACCAUGAAUAUCUAAUGAUAUUACAUUGCAAACACGCCCAAGUUUUGAAGCCGGGUACAAUUUGUCCUUUUUUUUGACAUCCUGUCACUGCAUCCCAAGAUAAAAGAGUUUGAGUGGAGCAUGCACUGCUACCAUCAUCAGUGGAAAAUCUGGAUGUGACUCCCCUUAAUAAUGUGCUUAAGUUACCACCAACUCUCAGAAGAUGCAAAUAAUUUCACUGUAACGGUGACUGAUAGUGCUGAUUUUAGUAAAUUGCCCUGUUUCUGUAAUGAGGCUCAUUUGCAUAGAAAGGAUCCAAUUUUGCAACAAAUGUCAGCAUAUUUGCUUUGCAGUGCAGUUAGGGGUGCAUUUCACGUUUUGAAGUGCUUGAGAAUAACUUGGUUUCUUUUUGUCUUAUAAGCGGAGGUUUAACAGCCAGUGUUAAAAGCUGGACAAAUCCUUUUGCGAAAUUGCCCUUCACUGUUUUGUUGUAGCAACGUGGCUGAACUGGGUUUAUUUGGGGUGGGCCUGUCCCUCUGCCUCUAUAGCAUACCUCCUGUUAGACCUGAGGUUUGGAAGAUUUCACAGUAGUGCACGACUGUUCCUUUAUUGGCAAUUGUGAGAGAGUUAUUGUGCAACUUUUUAAACUACAUUAGCAAAUCUUCCACUCAUGAUGCAUGUAUAUUCAGGCACAAUUAUCACAGACAGUUCAUCACAUUGGUGUUACAAUCUGUCUGAAUCAGCACCUGCCUAAGCCAGUUUGGAAAUAAAUGUUAUUAAAGUAUGAGCUGUUUUCCCUUUUCAAGUAGCUGAUCCAGGUCCACAUCCUCUCAUGCAGAAUACCUUCAUGGCUUGGUUUUGAUUUGAUCUCAUAGCUCACACUUUAAGGUAGCAUGGCUCUGUUGUUGCUGUACUUAACUUUAAUAUUGACAGCAUUUUACAGCUAAUGAAUGUUAAACAUCUUGUUAGACAAGUUCAUCAUUGGAUUGACUAGAAAAAAAGAGAAAAUACAAUAUAUGACCUGGAAGGUUUUGAAAUGUGUAUUGUGAGUGUACUACUGUAUCCACUUAAACUUGAAUCUUGAGGCAAGUGCUAGGUAAUGGCCAACCGCACAUCUUGUCACUGAAACACAGCUCACGCCUGCUGGCAACUGGAUACUCAUGUGCACACAGAUCUAAGGCUUAAAGUGUGUGUAUGUAUAGCUUCAUGUAUAACCAACACUCACAGCUCACUUUUUUCAAUGAAGAAAAUUAAAUGUUACUGAAAAGUGUAAGGUACAAUAAUAAUUUCAUGUAAAGCGUUACCAACAGUGGCACAUCUUUGCACUGACUUGAAGGUUUCAUGUUUUUAAUCAUUAGUGUCUCAUCAUGUAGCAGUAGAAGCUUCAUAUGGAGGUUUUCUGAUUGUCUUGCCCGUUCCUAACACUUGCCCUUUUUGUUUUUUAGUGUUAACAGACUUUUUACCAUGAGAGGUGACUGAAUGGACUGACUGUCUAAAAACAUCUUUCAGGUCUUCUUGUAUGGCUUGAUCAAGCCCUGUUGUAAAAAAGAAAAAAAAGAAAAAAAAGAAAGUGGAUGGGAGUCUCUCACAUACCAGAAAUGGAAAAUAUAAUUUUAUAUUUGUAUUUUCAAAUAAUGAUAAUAAAAGAUGUUUGUGAAAGGUUUCCAUUCUCUGCUCUGGUCCAGACAAUGUGUUUGUCUAAAAAAAUGAAAUAAAGCUGUUUUCAAUC